GGAUCAACAAAAUACAAAAGAAUUUAAGAAGAUACGAAAAAAUCCUAAUUUACUAUCAAAACUUUUUUUUGGUUGGCUUUUUAAAACAUUUAUUAGAGGUUAUCAUAAAGAAUUGGAUGAAACAGAUCUUCCCUCGCCACUUAUGGAGCAUUCAUCACAUUUAAUUACAAAGAAAGUGACAAAAUCUUGGAAUGAUGAAAAAAUUAAGUGCAAGAAAAAAGGAAAAAGUGGACCAAUUUUAUUUACCGUUCUCUUAAAAUGUUUUUUGCCACAAUUUUUAUUUUGGACAUUUAUUCAAGUUCUAAAGGAAUUUAUACUGAAAAUAGUCAAACCAAUUAUUCUUGGUAACGUUUUAAGUUAUUUUAAUGGAAAAAUUGAAGUUUCCGGCAAUGACAUUUAUUUUUGGAUAGCGGGACUUAUUUUAAAUCUUUUAAUGCAAGCAUUCUUUGAAACACAAAUUUGGACAAAUAUGAUGUAUUUGGAGAUUAAAAUACGUGUCGCGUGUUCGACAUUAAUUUAUAAUAAAGUAUUGAGACUUUCGAAAAUUGCAUUCGAAUCAGAAACGUCAGUGGGACAGAUUAUAAAUCACUUGAACAAUGACACAAAAUGCAUAACCGAGGUUCUUGCCUGCAUUAAUUAUAUAUGGAUUUCUCCAUUACAAACAUUAUUAAUUGCAUUUUUUAUUUAUAAAAAUGUCAGUCUCACUGCUGUUGCAGGAAUUGCCGUUUUUUUCAUAACAAUUCCAAUACAAGGCUAUUUGGCAAAAAUUGUGCCACGACUCUCUCUAAAAGCAGCUGCACAAACAGAUGAAAGACUAUCAUUGACAAAUGAAACUGUUAGCGGAAUACAAGUAAUUAAAAUGUUUGCCUGGGAAAAAUCUUUCCUCAGUCUUGUUGACACCGUAAGAGCGAAAGAAAUGACGGAAAUAACGAAAAUAAUGUUAGCAAAGUUUGCAGCAAUAUCGUGUUAUAUUUUCAAUUCGAGAAUCUCACUUUUUGUCAGUUUAAUAUUGUGUGUUUUAUUUGAUAGAAAUUUAUCAGCUGAAAGUGUUUUUAUUCUCACCAUGUAUUUUGAUACUAUUCAACAUAAUAUGAAUGCAAUGUUUCCGUUCGGUCUACAACGAGGAGGCAUGUGGUUAGCUUCAAUGAAGAGAAUACAAAAGUUCCUCGAUCAAAAAGAUUCACAUCACCCUCACAAUGUGAGUAAUGAAAAAAAUCAACAUAAUCAACAUGGAAAUUCCCAGGACAGCGUUAGAUUGCAAAAUGUCUCCGCAAAGUGGUCGUCGAAAAGCAGUGAAAACAAUCUGGACAAUAUUAAUUUUUCCGCGAAAUGUGAUAGUCUAGUUGCAAUUGUUGGUCAAGUUGGUUCCGGCAAGACAAGUUUACUGCAAGUGAUUCUGGAAGAAUUGCCAGUGCUGAAGGGAGUUGUCACCACCUCGGGACGAAUUGCCUACGUCAGUCAAGAUCCAUGGAUCUUCUCGUCCAGCAUCAGACAGAAUAUAAUCUUCGCCAAACCAAUGGACAAGGAGCGUUACGAGCAAGUGAUCAAGGUCUGCCAACUAGAGAGAGAUUUUGAUCAAUUUCCCCACAAGGAUCAGACAAUUGUUGGUGAGAAGGGGAUAAAUUUGAGUGGUGGUCAACGGGCAAGAGUUGCUCUAGCUCGAGCAAUUUAUGCUGAUGCGGACAUCUACCUUUUGGAUGAUCCACUAUCAGCCGUGGACGCCCGGGUCGGGCGACUCAUCUUCAAUGACUGUAUUCGUACUUUCCUGAAGGGAAAAACCCGAAUUCUGGUCACCCAUCAAUUGCAGUAUCUCAAUCAGGUGGAUUACGUUUACAUUCUUGAUAACGGACGCGUUCAGUCUGAAGGUACCAGUAAGGAUCUACAAUCAAGAAAAGUCUUCCAAUUCCCUAAUGAUGAGAACUUUGAUUCCCAGACUGCUGAUACUGUCAAAGAGGCAGAAUUCACUGGACUCAUGUCCGAAAAGCAGGAGGAGGAAGUUGCGGAACAUCGGACAAUCGGAAAAGUAUCGAAAAUCUCCUACAUUUCGUAUUUUAAGGCCAGUCAAUCCACCUGCUUGGUAAUUACCGUAUUCCUCCUGGCGAUAUUUCGUCAGGUGAUCAGCUCCGCUGGUGACUACUACAUUUCCCUUUGGGCCGAAGCACAACAAUCCUGUUCAGCAGAUACGACACGAUAUACAUUCAUCUGCGGAGCGACAUUCAGUGAUAAUGUUCCCUACAUCGGUAUCUAUGGAGCACUAACACUCCUACUGAUAUUUAUCGUUUACGCCUACAUUUUUAGUUUCGCCAAAAUGUGUAAACGCUCCUCCCAAAAGAUGCAUUUCAACCUUUUUGAUAGUAUCGUUCGAGCUAGAAUGUCCUUCUUCUAUCAUCAUUCGUCCGGGAGGAUAUUGAAUCGAUUCUCCAAAGAUAUGGGAGUCAUUGAUAAGGAACUACCAAUACGAGUUUAUUUUACAAAAAUAUCCUGGAUGCAGGUAUUGGUAAUAACAGGAAUGACAGUUGCGCUGAAUUACUGGUUAGUGAUACCGACAAUUGUGGCCAGUUUGGUUAUGUAUCUGGUACUGAAUGUCUACAUCAAGACGAGCAGGAAUGUCAAACGACUGGAUGGAAUCACACAAUCACCAGUGAUCAGACAUCUAUCCGACACACUCCAGGGUUUAGAAUCAGUUCGUGCCUUUGGCGCCGAGGAACUUCUCACCAAGGAAUUCGAGAAACAUUUAGAUCUCAAUACAUCAAGUUCAUCAAUAUUUCUCGGAUGCGCCCAAUGUCUUCAACUCUAUGUGGAAUUAAUUUUCGGCAUCUAUAUUGCAUCGGUAGCAUUUAUUUUUCUCCUGAUGAAUCACGAGAAUACAAUAGGCAAUGUCGGUCUAAUCAUCACACAAAUAAUCAUCCUGGCUGAUACAAUAGCAUGGUCGAUAUUUAAUACAACCGAAACGGAAACUUUGAUGACAUCAGUGGAACGUGUAUUGGAGUACAGUAAUAUCGAGCAGGAACCACCAUUGGAGAGUGCUGAUGAUAAAAAACCACCUGAUACUUGGCCCAAUAAGUGUAGUGUUGAAUUUCAAAAUCUCUCACUUCGUUAUCAUGAGAAUGGAACCGAGGUCCUUAGGAAUAUGAGUUUCACUAUUAAACCAGAGGAGAAAAUUGGUAUCGUAGGACGUACCGGAGCGGGGAAAUCAUCAUUAAUUGCUGCUCUAUUUCGAAUGUCGCAUCUCGAGGGUGAAAUUUAUAUUGAUGGUGUGCCAACGAGUAGUCUGGGUUUACACGAUCUCAGAUCGAAGAUCAGUAUUAUUCCUCAGCAGCCUCUAUUAUUCGCUGGCACUCUCAGGAGAAAUUUAGAUCCUUUUGAUGAAUUUUCAGACGAUAUUCUUUGGCAGGCUUUGGAAGAGGUUGAACUUAAGACGACAAUUGCUGCUAUUAGUGGCGGUUUGGAAAGUCAUGUUUCGGAUGGUGGUGCAAAUUUUAGCAUGGGUCAACGACAAUUACUCUGUUUGGCUCGUGCAAUAGUUAGGAAUAAUAAAAUACUAAUUCUCGACGAGGCAACGGCGAAUGUCGACACGGAAACCGAUUUUCUCAUACAAAAAACAAUACGAAGGAGAUUUGAAAAUUGUACUGUUCUAAUUAUAGCCCAUCGACUAAAUACCAUUAUGGACUGUGAUAGGAUUAUGGUUUUAGAUGCUGGAAAAAUUGUGGAAUUCGAUUCUCCCUCAAGUUUAAUGGAAAAAGAAGAUGGACUAUUUUUUGAUAUGGUGCAACAAACUGGACGUGAAAAAAUAUAAUUUGUACAUAUAAAUGAAUUUUCUUUUCCUAUUUUAAUUUAAAUUAUUAUGAAUUAAUAUAAAUAUGAAUAUUAUGAA